AUGGCAGCAACGGUGUUACCGGACGUUGCCAUUAACAUUGAUGGCAAUGCUUUUAACAUGACGCAGGCUAUAAGGAGAAAGGUGAACUAUGGUUACAGGAUAGCGAUCAACACAAACCUAUUGCAGGUAAAAGCUCUUUACAGUGGUGUAGGAAUUGCUGCAACAGAUAGUGCUGCAACAAAUAGGGAAGUAGGAGCACUUCAGUAUGGGGUGAAGAGGGUUGAGCAUAGCUUUUUUGUUUCAGAUAGGGGAUCGAAAGGCCAAUUAUUUGGCAAUGGUGGCCUGGCGUGA